GGAACCUUGCCGCAUCUUCAUUGAAAAGAGAGCCUGUCAGAUUUUAUUUCUGAAUAGAAUUGGACCACUCCACAGCUGGUUAAAUAUGUAUAGACCCCUCCUCUCCCAGUGAAACUGCGCUCUCUUGAGGUUGGAACAUGAUCUGUCAAAAGCAAAGAGGGAUCCCAUUCGCGGCUCAGGCUUGUUUUGCCCUCACAGCUGUUUGAUUGCAUUGCUUGCCUCGAAUCGUUUACUAUUUUAGAUAAAUUUUACUUUACAUUUUGAAAACAAAAUGCCGUUUUGCAAGAGGAUCGUACGCCCUGUGCAAGUUUGCCGUUUGCACGGCGGAGAGAGAAGGCUGUCAGCCUUGGAAAAUCUGAUCGAUGUGUCCAGUUUUACUUUGGGAAGUGUCCUGAGGCAGCUUUCGGCUCUGGCGAGAGAGGCGGUCAGUGUGUUGGAGGAAAUCGAGCUGGAGAUCGGAUCUAUUAGCCACCGGGCGCUGCUACUGGAGGUCAGAAUCAUCGGUCUGCACAGAUAUGUGUCAGCUCUGGCUCUCCGACCUGCUGUACCCUCUGGAUCGAACUUGGAACAGGAGAGUAAGAGGACUGCCCAUUUCAAAUCGCUAUGGCAACAAAAUGUAAAUGUGUUCAGCUCCACUUCCAGACCACCCUGUGUCGAGGAAUUACAUCAAGAGGCACAGCUCAACCUUCAGGCUCUGCUUCAAGAGGAGUUUGGUGAACCUACGGUACAGAACGAAGUGGCUGCAAAUACCUUUGGACACAAACCAGUUCUCAACAGAGAGGCUGUACCUGACAUUUGCUCCAAAAAAGGGGAAAAGCGUAUGGAAUUUGUUUUGAUGCCAAGCACAAGAUCUAAUAGUGAGGAUGAGACAACCACCAUUGGUAUAAGACCACAAGAGCUAUUUCUGAACUUGCCAUCAACACCAGAAAAGUCACACAAGUGGAUUCAGCCCAUAUCACCAUCAACGCCAGAGGAAAAAAGGUGGCACCAGCAGCGGACUGUUCAAGCGGAUCUCGUACCUAUCAAUGUGACUGGGGAGACCCUUGAGCGACACGCAAACACACACCAGUCUUUGUUUAACACAGAGACUGCAAUGAACCCAAAGAGUACACUGAGGAGGAGACGGACAAUCACUGGUUUGCACGAGUCUAAUCAGCCUUUACAAGGCCUUUCAACAGAAGGUUCCACAUCUCCAUACACACUAACGGCUGCAGAGGCACCUCAGCAUCUCUUUAAUUUUGAAGAUGAUCUUAGUGUUACCAAUGGGAAAAGGGAUGUGAUCGGCAAUGUUGGAAUAGGGCAGUCUUUUCCCACAACGCUCAGGAAGGUACAGAGUGAUCUGGGUCAAAUAACAAACUCAAAUCUAUCUCAAUCUUCAGGGAAUAUCACAUUCACAAUGAACAAUGCACAAAUGAUGCACACAUCUCUAAGUGAACAUAGUUUCUCUUCACUUAACUCCUCUUGGGAUCAAAUGCGAGGAAUUAGUUUUUCUUCUUCCUGGAAUAACUCAAGUGAUAUAAACCCACCAAACUCUGUGUCAACAGAAGCUAUGCAUGUUGAUGGACAUGCUCUAGAUACAUUCAGUCAAACUUAUUGCAAUGGCCAGUCUCUCCAACAGCAUGCAGUUUGUUCCCCAACUGAAAAGCAGAUGUUGCUCCAUGCUAAUACAUCAGGUCCAGAAGACCCAUCUCAUUCCUCAGACAGCCGACCGGAGGGUCAUCAUCGUUCAUCCAGUGGAGCUUGCAAUGGCAGUACUUCAAUGUGUGCUCCUCAAAUUUCAGAUGUGGCUUUAUCUGUAUCACUUCAAUGCUUGAAACAUUCUUCACCCUGUGAUUCAGAACUAUCAUUGAAUGCUGGCUCCCAUUCAGAAUGCAAUGUGGCAUUAUCAACCUUUUUGCCAAGGGAAAGUCAAGCACAAAAUACCAGAGGUAAUGCAUUUGGCUCUUUCCUGUCAACUAGAGGAGAAACAGCAGCAAGGACUUCGAACCUUAAGGAUAUAAGGACCAAUCAUGAACGAAUUAUCAUUUACACAGCCAAUGACCCAGAUGAAGAAACAAACUCAAACCUGGAACUCCAAGGCCAUUCUAAUACAAAUACUUGCAAGUUCCGGGAGAGAUCGUUGUCAACACCCACAGAUUCUGGAUCAUGUUGUUCAUCAGAUGCUAUAAGAAGCUAUGAUUCCAAGUGUUACGAUCACUCGCGGCGACAUAGUGAAAAUUACAUAAUGCGUUAUCCAAGUGCCAGCUCAGAAGAAAGCCAAAGCACUGAGAAUGUCUCUGUGAUAACAGAUCAGGAAGGAACACAAAAGUCAAGGACUCGGUCGAGGAGUAUUUCCCUGAAAAAGCCAAAGAAAAAGCCUAUACCACCAGUGCGCAGUGUUUCUCUGAAGAAGUGUGGAGUUAACCCUAAACUUGAAGAAAUUGCUCCAAACAUCUCAACAGGAGAGAAUGGGCAUAUAAAGCUCUCUGUCCAUCCAGAGAAGCAAGUCAAUCAAAGUGAGUCAAUAGACAGCAAUGAAUCCAGUGGUUUUGUAUCAGAUGCACAUUCUAGUUCUGCUACGCCCACACUGAGAGAUGGAGAACCCAUACGCUAUCCAGAACAUUGGUUCCUUAAUGAUUGGAAAUCCAAUGAUCCGUACAGAUCAUUAUCAAACUCUAGCACUGCGACAGGUAUAACAGUAAUUGAAUGUGCAAAGUCGCGUGGUAGUUCUGAAUCCUUGACAUCUCCAUCCAUUUCAAGAACUACAACACCAUCCCAAUUGUCUGUGGAAGCUGAAUCUAAAAUGUCAUCUCCAGGGAAGCUUCCUGGUUUGAUGUCGCCAUCUAGUGGUUACUCCAGCCAGUCAGAAACUCCAACAUCUGUUUUCACUAUGUCUGUUUAUCAAGGCCAAGUCGCACAACCAGUUGGCAAACCAAAGCCCAAGGUACCAGAGCGGAAAUCAUCAUUACAACCAACCUCUCCGAAUGAGAAGAGUCCAAAGACAAAGCGAGUUUUUGAUCUACCCAUAACUCCACCACCUCAUCUGGAUCUAUCUGGUCUUAAGAUACCUUUUAAAGGCAAAUCCAAAGCCAGCAGACGACACUCUGAUUCUUCAAAUAGCACUAAAUCUAGCCAGAAGCAUAGCCCUAAUCAACCUUCUAUGCCAAUCAUAACACAGACUGUUUUGGAGUCAGUACGUCUUCGCUCAGUCAGCAGAUCAGAAACAGAGGAUAAUUCAAAAAUUUUAAUUUCACCACAAGAAAUCCACACAGAGUCAUCUGAAACGCCUCAGAAAAUGGCCCGUCCACCUGUUCCUGGAAAACCACCAAUGUCAAAGAGGCCUUCAAGUAUUGUACUGAAGGUUUCUCCCAAUGAGCACCCGACUCCCAUCAUUUCACCACCUUCAGAGGCAACUUCCAAAAGAGGUAUUGUCACGGUCUUUAGAAAGGUUGGAGUAAAGAAGCAGGAGCCGAUUGAAAGUGUGCCAAGUCAGAAACCACCUUUGGCGUCACCCAUUGCUGCAUCUCCUCAAUCUCACAAUCUGCAAAUUCACCAUAUGGACGCAAAGCCAGCAGGAGGAAGGCCAGCCGCCACAGCUGAGAGUCCAGGGGACAGUUUCACAGCCCUAACCAGGGACUCCAUGCAAUAUACUGAGAAGAAGAAAAGUAAGACUCCACCACCUGUCCCUAAGAAACCAAACGUGCUGAUUGUACCAACGAAUACAGCACACAUACUGGUAGUCACAGGCCGUUCAGGACAGAGUCCCCUACACAAUCCAGCUACUAAUCCAGAUUCCAACCGUGCCAACAUUUCAUUUCCUCAAGAGAAAAAUGAAAGAAAUUUGGAAGCGACUGUCACAAAUGCAUCACAUGAUCAGAAUAUUGAUCCAAAUAUAGACAUAGACAAUCUACCAGGUACCAGCAUUCAUUCCAGAAGCAACAAGAAGAAAGAAUACAUCGAUGGAUUUGGCCUAUGCCAAAAUAUAAUGCCCAGCACUGCUCCAGGACAGAAUCCCACAGACAUUUCCUUGAAUGCAGCUACUAAACAGAAAAGCCCCACAGGUGCUCAGGGUGGAGACAUUGUACUGGAGGAUGACGAUGAUGUGUUUAUGUCAUCAGGCACCCAACGUUCCACUGAAGAUCUCUUUACUGUUAUUCACAGGUCAAAGAGGAAGGUGCUGGGGUGGAAGGAGCCUGGGGAAUCUUUCAAUGUCAAGCACGUGGCUGCUUCACCUGUCAAACCCCCAACAACACCCCCCAACAGCGGACUCAAGGUCUCUCCCUCGGCGAGUGGGAAUGGGGUCAAAACCAGCACCAGCAAUGAGAACUUCAAGGCCUUAUUACAAAAGAAGGGCAGCAAGCCUGCACCUGGUACACGCAUGUCUGCUGCUGAGCUCCUGAAAAGCACCAACCCACUUGCGAGAAGGAUUGCGACAGAAUUUACACAGGAGUCAGAAAAGUGCCAACCCACACUGGAUCCAGUGUCUCCUGAAGAUAGCUCAAAGUGUUAGAGCUGUGCCAAUUUAUGAAAAGAAAGGAGAGAAGCUCAAUGUUACUCUAUCUUAUUGAAUGUAAAUUUUUAAUUUUUGCUCUAUCCAUGGAGCCAUUAUACUGUUCCAAGGAGAGAGGAAGCUUUGCACAAACCUGUGAAUGCAAACUCGAGUGAUAAUUUGCCCUUCAUUUGGAUACUUACAGAAUGUCAAAAUUUAAGUAACAUUUUUAUUUCAACUAAUUUUUUGGAUUAAGAACUCUGAGAAAGUUUCUCAACGUGAGGUGGAAAGAAUGGGAUAGUCAAUUUGAUUUGAAUUAGUUUCAGUUGGACUGCAAAAGCCUGGAGCUUUAAAAAAAUCUGCAGCAGAGAAUCUACAUUCCAGCCUGUCAGUCAAGGUGUGCUAAGGUCCUAUUGGGAAUUGAAAAUUUAUAAGUUCCUUUGGCUAUACUAUGAGUAAAAAUGCUUAGGUUCUGAUUAUAAAUUUUACAUGCAACUCCAGUGAUUACUGCUUAUCAGUGUUAACCAGUCCAGCAUUAAACUGAAUUUGUGGGAAUUUUUUUAGAGAUUUUGGAGGUCUGAAAACUCCAAUCAAAGAUAUUCAUAUUACGAGAAACUUGGGAAGGAAAUGACACAUUUAGUGUCAUGUUUCAGCUUCACACUGCCACUUGGUCCAAAUUUGUUCUGUGAGUCUUGACCCACAGUGAGGAUUCAGGAAAGGAGAAACUCUCUUUAAGAUUGUAAAAUAGCUGGCUUUGCUGUAUGACUGAGAGACUACGUCCAUGUGCACCAAGGCUCGUGAAAUCUACGUUGUCUUUCCCCGCAUCUUCCCUUGAAAGAAAACCAUGGAAACAGGAAUAGAGGCAAAAAUUCAGGGUCCAGGAAUUCAUUACCGAGGUCUUGAAAAUGGAUAGUAGUAUGAUGAUUUUUUUUGACUAUUUGCUUAAGAAGCAAUUGUUUGCCUGAUCUGUAAUGUUUAUUGGAAUAGUGCCUCCUAUUAAGUUGUUAAUUUUAUCAAUAUACUGUAAUCUGUAUUAUGGCAUUGAUAUGUAAGAGUUAUUUCAAAGUUUUUUGGUUGUACAUCAAAGGUAAACCUUUGAAUUUGAAAGCUUUUAAAAGGCCUUGGUGUUGCCUUGAUAAUGAUAUAUAGCAAUGAUCUGAAUGUAGAAACUCUGGAAGGUUUAAGCUUUGUUGGAUGGGUUUAGUGGUUCCCACUGGUUCUAAUCAUACAUGCUGUUCCCAGCCUUAGUCCAUGUGCUUCUUUUAUAUUUCCUAUUGUUCUUAAGAUAAACAAUGUCUCUAUGAUAAGUGAACCAUAAGUUGAAGUGUUCUCCUGUUCAAUCCAGAGCUACACCUGGGUUAUGUCAGUCAUUAGUAAAACUGUACCUCUCUGUUAACAGCCAGUGAUAGCUGCCUUCAGCUUACAGGACAGCUGUUUCUAUGUUUCCAUAGACAGUAAUGUGUCUGAGCCCACAGACAGAGCUGUGCUUCUUUCAACACAACCUAGAGGAAAGAAACAAUUUACAAAAAAAUCAUUUGGAAAUAAACAUACUGGUCAUAUUGGACUUCCACUUUGAGAUAAACAAGCUGAGUUAGACCAUUAUGUGCUAUCCUCAAGUUUAACGAUCUUAUUGUCUCUGGGAAAGCCAGAUUUAUGUUCCACUCUGCUGAAAGGCAGUGCUGUGCUUCUGUCACCUCCGAGCUAGAGUUCUGCCCAUCCCGGUCCUAGGGCCAGAGUUAUGAUUGCUGUAGUGAUAAGACAGGAUGCGCCUUUCCUCGACAAAGCAACAAGGUGGUAUGCAUCUGUGGUUUUAAACCUUGUACCCGCAAACUGGGAUGGUGCCCUUAUCUUUAUCCAAUCCACAUUAGCAAUUAUUCUAUCCCAAGGCAGAGCCUUUGUUCAUUCCAUUCCAUUCCAGAACCAGAGCUGUAGCGAUUCCAAAUCCCUGAAGCAGAUCUGUGCACAAUGAUGCCUCAACCUUUGGUAGUAACUGCAUAGUUGACACAGGAGGUAGAUUCAUUAAUCUAAAUGUUUUGAAGGUAAUUAGAAAUAUUACUGGCAUAAUUAGGUUAACAGAGUUUGUUAAAUUUAUUUUGCUUCAACCACUGAGGACAAGCUGGAUAUCACUAUCCCAACCAUUGGAGAACAUUUGCAUACCUCCCAGUCCCUGUCUAAGUUUCAAAUUUAUCUCAGGGUACUCUGUGUAUGGAGGAAAUUACAAACUUAAGGAAAUAACGGAGUUAAUUAUCUCUGAUUAGUUGACAUAUGUUAAUAAUGGAAAAACUCUGUCUUCAUAAUUUGCGCAGGGUGGUUUAUUAUCUGAGUGAGUUACACUUUAUCAGUUCAUUGAAGCUUUCUGUAAAUAUUCAUAUUUUGUUUGAUCUUAUUCUUGAAUGUAUGAAGUUCCCUCUGCCCACCCCCAGUGUCACACAUUGAAAGCGCACUCUGGUUAAGAAAUGGUGAUGCUAACAAUGUCGCAUCAUAGUGGGGCUGAGCAAAUGCACCUUGUUAUAAAAGGCAUGUUCCACCAUGUCAGAAUGCAGUGAGCAUCUGUCCUGUGAAUUGUGAGAGAUGAGUGCACUUAAUUCGGGAGGACUCUGUGGCUUUGUUUCUGUGAUGUCUUGCACUUAAAUAUUUGAAAUGAAUUGUGCGCUUUAAAAGUGUCUCAGGAAAUUGGGAAUGAUCUAUAGUUAUUUUUUCAUAUAUUAGAAAAUGCAUUUGCCUCCCCCAUAGCUUAGUGUGAUAUAUACAUAUUAACUGUAUAAUCUUUUGGGACAAUCAUUAAAAAA